GUGCAGCCAAUCCGCGCCAGCCCUGCCAGUUAACAGAGCAGAAUGGGCUGUAGUUUAGUGUAACAGGAAAGCUGCAAAACAGUGUGGAGUGCUCUCGGUGCAACAUUAAAAAAGAGAGAGAGGAAAACAAGAAAGGGGGAGACGGAGAAGGGCGAGUUUUUGGGUAGUGCUUUUUUUUUUUAAAGCAACCCAAACCUCAAAGUUUCCUAACUCUCAACGUGCUCGCUUGCCGGCGCUGGGGUUCGCGUCCUGCAAAAGGGGAGCCCCCUGGACUUUUCUCGGGCUGCGGUAACACGCCGCGACUAUUGUUUGCGGGUCUCCCCUCCCCCCCUCCCCGAAAUAUGGCAAAGGUUCAGGUGAACAACGUCGUGGUGCUGGACAACCCUUCUCCUUUCUACAACCCUUUCCAAUUCGAGAUCACGUUCGAGUGCAUCGAGGACCUGUCCGAAGAUUUGGAAUGGAAAAUUAUCUACGUGGGCUCCGCAGAAAGCGAGGAGUACGAUCAAGUUCUAGAUUCAGUUUUGGUGGGCCCUGUUCCUGCAGGAAGACACAUGUUUGUAUUUCAGGCAAAUGCUCCUAAUCCAGGACUAAUUCCUGAUGCAGAUGCUGUAGGAGUCACAGUUGUGUUAAUCACCUGCACCUACAGAGGUCAAGAAUUUAUUAGAGUUGGCUAUUAUGUGAACAAUGAAUAUACUGAAACAGAAUUGAGAGAAAAUCCUCCGGUAAAGCCAGAUUUUUCUAAGCUCCAGAGGAAUAUUUUGGCAUCUAACCCCAGGGUCACAAGAUUCCACAUUAACUGGGAGGACAACACUGAAAAACUGACAGAUGCAGAGAGCAGCAACCCAAACCUUCAGUCACUCCUUUCUACAGAUGCACUGCCUUCUGCUUCAAAAGGAUGGUCAACAUCAGAAAAUUCACUAAAUGUUAUGUUAGAAUCUCAUAUGGACUGCAUGUGACCCGACUUACCUUUCAGCGCUAUGUAUGUGUUAGGAUGUAGACAGACAGCACAGAGACACACAUACACACACACACCAUCACCAGAAACGAUUUCCCGGGAAUUGCAUAUUCAACAUGUGAAGAAUUUGUUUUAAAAUCCCCACAUUCUGUAGAAAGUUUAUAAGGAAAAAGUAUUUGAGUGGAUGUAUAAAUAAAAAUUAUUUUUAAGUAA